AUGUCUACCACCUCCACCGCAACCACUUCCGCUGCCUCGGCAACAUCCACCUGCCACCAGAAACUAUACGAGAUCCCCGUCAAAGAUGCCGCCUGCGCGAUGCCCAUGCAGGGUAACAAUUCCGCAAUCAUGAGCAGCUGCUGCGGCUCGGCGUCUGUCGUCUCGUAUAGCGAUUGCGACUACUACUGUCUUGCUAAAGGCCAGAAGGUCAGUGCCCUCGCUGAGUGUCUGACCAAGGCUUCCAAGCCGGGCGAGGUGUGGUGUAACACCAAUGCGAACGCUACCGCCACAGGCAGCGUGCCCACCACCGGAGCCGGUACCAUCGUGGCCACGGGCACCGGCGGCUCUUCCACCGGUACCGGUACUUCCAGCGGCGCGUCUUCGACAUCCACGACCAACGCGGCAGCAGUAACCAAGAAAUCGGCCGGCAUGUUGGCUCUCUUGUUUCUUGGAUCGGCUGCUGGAUCCUUCCUCUAG